GGGUUGCGGGCCGGGCCGGGUCGGCGGCGGACGCACCGCCUGAGCCCGCCGGCCGGAGAAGCGGCGGAGGCCCCGGGGCGCGGGUCGGGGCUCCCCUCCAGGUACCCGGGCCUGGGCUGCAGGGCUGCUGCCGGGGCUCCUUCAUCCUUCACAGCAGCUACACGAUGCCUCACAAAAUCGGCUUCGUGGUGGUUAGCUCGUCUGGACACGAGGACGGCUUCAGCGCCCGGGAACUCAUGGUCCACGCCCCGACUGUCAGUGGCUGGAGGUCUCCAAGGUUUUGCCAGUUCCCACAAGAGAUCGUGGUGCAGAUGGUGGAGCGGAGCCGCAUCCGGAAGCUGCAGCUGCUCGCCCACCAGUACAUGAUCGCCAGCAAGGUCGAGUUCUAUGUCAGCGAAAGCCUGCCCGAGUACCUCGCACCCUACCAGGCCGAGCGCUUCCGCAGGCUGGGCUAUGUCUCACUCAGUGACAACGAGAAGACAGGCUGCAGGGCGCGGGAGCUCAAGUCUGUGUACGUGGAUGCCGUGGGCCAGUUUCUCAAGCUGAUUUUCCAUCAGAACCACACCAACAAGUAUAACAUCUACAACCAGGUGGCCCUGGUAGCCAUCAAUAUCAUCGGGGACCCUGCAGAUUUCGGCGAUGAAAGCAACAUCACCUCCAGGGAGAAGCUCAUUGAUCACUACCUGGCCCACGCUGCUGAGGACCCGGCUUUGGAAGGCACCAGCACAGGGAAGUCCAACUACAUCUCCCCACUGGACGACUUGGCUUUCGACAUGUACCAGGACCCCGAGGUGGCGCAGCUCAUCCGCCGGCUGGACGAACAGAAGCGGGAGGCGGUGCGGGCCGAGCGCUACGACCAUGCCAAGAAGCUCAAGCAGGCCAUCGCUGACCUGCAGAAGGUGGGCGAGCGGCUGGGGCGCUACGAGGUGGAGAAGCGCUGUGCCGUGGAGAAGGAGGACUACGACCUGGCCAAGGAGAAGCAGCAGCAGAUGCAGCGGUACCGCGCCCAGGUCUACGCACAGCUGCAACACCACGGCCUGGAGGAGCCCGAGCUGAUGCGGGCCCCCCUGGAGCUGGGCCCGCAGCCACUUGGGCCCCCGGGCAGCCCUCGGAACCUGCCACAGGAAGAUGCAGCAACUUCAGAAAAGCCACCAGCACUCGGCCCGGGAGUGACCCCUCCACGAGCCCCGGCCACACGUUCACCUGCCACUGAGCCCGGCCCCAGUGCCCAGCUCGAGCCUCUGCCGUACGACGAGCGGCCGCUGCCCACCUCGCGCCAGCCACAGGCGGCAGGAAGGAGUGACCCUGACAUCAGCGACGGCCCUGGCGGCCCCAUGAGCGAGCCCGAACCCUUGACGGAGAAAGCUUGGCGGGAGGCAGGCUCUGCCAUCGAGGUGCUGGGGGAGAAGCUGGUGGCGGGCGCCUAUUCCAGGACGUGGUCAUGCCGUGAGGAUGCACUACUGGCCCUCUACAAGCAGCUGUCGGAGAUGCCCCUGGACACCCCCAAGGAGGAGCUCAAGAACACGCUCAGGGCCGCCGUCUUCCUGGUCCGCAAGGCCAUCAGGGAUGUUGUCACCCCGGUCUUCCAGGCAUCACUGAAGCUGCUGAAGCUGCUAGUGACGCAGUUUAUCCCCAAGCACCGUUUGGGCCGGCCUGAAGCCACGCACUGUGUGGAAAGGACCAUCCCUGUGCUGCUGUCCAGGACCGGGGACACAUCCGCACGCCUCCGCCUCAUGGCCUCCAACUUCAUCCAGGAAAUGGCCUUAUUCAAGGAAGUCCGGGCUCUCCAGAUGGUCCCGUCCUACUUGCUGCAGCCCCUCAAAGCCAAUGCAUCCCCACACCUGGCCCUGAGCCAGAUGGGCCUGCUGGCACGGCUGCUGCGGGACCUGGGCACCGGGAAUAAUGGCUUCCCUGUGGAUGCCGUCAUGAAGUUCACUGUGAGCGCCCUGGAGCACCGCGUCUACGAGGUCCGGGACUCGGCGGUUCAGAUCAUCCUGGACCUGUACCGGGAGCACCGCGCCGUGGUGCUGGAGUACCUGCCGCCCGAUGACGCCGUCACGCGCAAGAACGUGCUCUACAGAACCAUCUUCGACGGCUUCGCGCGGAUCGACGGCCGCCCCACCGAUGCCGAGCUCAGGGCACAGAGGAAAGCAGCCACGGAGGAGGCAGAGAAGCGGAAGAGGGAUGAGAUCCAGGUCCUGCAGGAGCAGCGGGACGCACUGGAGGCCGAGGUGCAGGCCAGGGACACCGAUGCGGCCAAGGACCAGGCCCAAGAGUCUCCGGGAAGGAAAGCAGAUCCCCAGGACGCUCCGGAAACCCCCGAUAAUCACUACCUAGACAAGCUUUGCAUCUUCUGUGGGGAAAGGAACGAGGCCUUCACCGGGGAGGGCCUGGACCUGCACUACUGGAAGUUCUGCCUCAUGCUCACGCGUUGCGGCCACUGCCAGCAGGUGGUGGAGAUCUCCAGCUUGACCGAGCACCUGCUGACCGAGUGCGACAAGAAGGACGAGUUCGGCAAAUGCUACCGCUGCAGUGAGGCCAUUCUCCAGGCGGAGCUGCCGGGCCACAUCAAGGCCAAGGACUGCAACCCUGCCAAACCAGAGAAGCUGGCGAGCCGAUGCCCACUGUGUCACGAGAACUUCAGCCCUGGGGAAGAGGCAUGGAGGGUGCACCUGAUGGGCCCGGGCGGCUGCACCCAGAACCCGCGCAAGACACACCUGGUACCCAGGGCCCCCGUCCUGCCACCCGGAAGAGGCGCGGCCGGGAUCAAAGCCGUGGCCUCGAGCUCAAAAGUGGCCAGUAAGAUCCCCACCCCCAAGGGGGGCCUGACCAAAAACUCCAGCCGGACCUACACGAAGCGGUGACAGUGACACACGCACCCUGAGCCUCCCGCUGCCUCCUGCCCACCGCCUUCAGCCCUCUCCCUCAAGGGCACCCCAGGGCGGCCUUGGAGUCCCCAAGAGCAGCAUUGCCCACACGAGUCGGCCCCUCCUGCACCUGCCCCGCACCCUAGGACACACC